AAAAAAACAAAAAGGGGGUCGAAACUUAUGAAACACCCUUUAAUUCAUAACCUAUGAGCCGCACACAAUACGGGAACAUAUAUUCGGAAAGAGUUCAAAAUUCUGAUUCCAACCCAAUGCUUUCAAUUUUCUGCUGACUCUUGUAUUCAGCUGCCAAAUAAAGGAACAUGUUGUCCAAAAACUUUCGCACUAACCGUUAUUCUAUAUAGUAUCGUUUAUCUCAUCCACUUUCAAUUGGACAAAUUCAAUUUGAUCAAGAUCAAUCACCUAUUGCUCUUGAACCAUUUACAUUUUCUCCAUAUAAUACACAAAAUACAAUAACAUAUUACGAAGCAUUUUGGGGUCUUUAUUUACCUAUUACAACAACAUUUCGUGUUUGUGAUAUAUGGCGAAGUUUUUGGGUACAACGUCUCCUUUGGGAUAUUGGUGGUCGUCUUGUAUUUGGUAGAUCGACUAUUAAACAAGUAAGAAAUAGUCAUUCAUUUAUUAAAGAUAUGAAUGAUGAAUAUCAAUUAUAUCAUCAAUCUGCAAGAGAUAUAGCUCAAGCAGGAUUUUGGCAAUCAAAAGAAGUUGAUAUAAUGAAUGCAUGGCUUGCUGAUCUUCAUUCAGUUGGUUAUUCAUUUCCAUCAAUUGUUCUACCAUUUUCAUCUUCUUCACCUUCUAUAAUACAAAAACGUGCAGCUGUAUGUGUAACUGGUCUUGCUGAAUGCAUUCAAGAAGCUUGGGUUCCAACUUACAGUACUAUUUUUAAUCAUCUUCAAGGUGAUAUUGAUGUAUUCCUUUUUCUUUCGUCAUCUCGUAAAUCAAAAACGAAUCUGUUUGAUAUUAAUUUAAAACAAAUACGUUCCUACUUGGAUUCUACAGUAACUAUACUUUAUGAAGAUCGAAUUAUUGAUCCACAUAUACCAUUGAAUUGUAAGACAUUCUACAAUCCAAAUAUGGAUAGAUCACAUGUUAUGCCUUACUAUCAACAAUUGUGGGGACUUGCUGAAUGCUUCGAUUUAGUAAAAGAAUAUGAACAGAAAAUGAAUAUUCGUUAUGAAUUUUUAAUACGCGCUCGAUCAGAUUCAGUUCUUGAUAAAGUUCCUCGAACAUUAGAACCUCAAAAUAAUUUGACAUUAGUUAUUCCAAAUGAAUAUGAUUUUGGUGGUUAUAAUGAUCGAUUUGCUAUUGGUUCCAUGUCCAUAAUGAAAAAAUAUAUGAGACGAUGA